AUGGCGGGCAAACGCAAGAAGACGCACUGGGCCGUGCGGCGCAAGCUCAAACGAUCGCGUGGCGACGGUCUACGAAAUGGUGAUGAGGAAGGAGACGGCGACAGUGGGAAUGAGCAGAAAGACCACCGUGCCACUCGGUCAGAGGCGGUCCACGCUGGCUCCUACGCGGCGCAGCGUGUCCGCGUCGUAUCGACCGAUACAAAAUCACUGCCGCCCAAGCGUCGCUAUGGUCUGUGGGUUGCUUUCUGUGGUAAAAACUACAGCGGAAUGCAGAUGAAUGAAGGCGUGAAGACCAUUGAAGCAGAGAUCGAGCGGGCUUUGUUUGAAGCUGGCGGCAUCGCCGAGAGCAACUAUGGUUUCUUGCAGAAGAUUGGCUGGAGUCGAGCGGCUAGAACGGACAAGGGUGUGCAUGCUGCUGGUCAAUUGCUGACAGCCAAGCUUCAUGUGGAGGAAGGUGAUGAGAAUGUAUUGGCUUUUGUAGCUAAGGUGAAUAGCGCUCUGCCAACGGAUAUUCGGGUGCUGCAGAUGGUGACGGUCACCAAGAACUUUAAUGCAAAAAUGAUGUGUGACCAGCGCACCUAUGAGUACUUGGCGCCUACGUUCAUUUUUGCUGAACGGUCACGUCGUGCACGGUUAGGCGAAGGAAAGACAUGUCAAGACGACAGAGAGCAAGAAGCGACCCAAUGGACGACGGAUGCGCACGAUGUGGAGACAGACAAAAGCGACGAAAUCGCAAUUGACAGCUCGACGCUCGAGACACACAAGGCCUUCCGAAUGAAUGAAGAUACGCUGAGAGUGCUUGACUCGACGUUGCAGCACUUUGUCGGAACUCAUAAUUUCCACAACUUUACAUCGAAGUUGGAGCCCACGAAUCCACAGGCGAAGCGCUUCAUCAUUUCGUUUGGGGUUGACCGACCGUUUGUGCAAAAUGACAUGGAGUGGGUGCGCUUACGUGUGGUUGGGCAGAGCUUCUUACUGCACCAUAUUCGCAAGAUGAUCGGCACUGCUGUGGAAAUCGUUUCGGGUAUUUGUGAUCCAUCAACUAUUGAGCGCGCAAUGCAGCUGACGAAGAUGGACUUGCCGAAAGCUCCUAGUUUGGGAUUGUAUUUGGCACAAGCUCACUUUGAGGUGUACAACUCAAAGUUGGCGGAUUCGAUCCAGACCUCACACCCGUUGCUCAAUUUGAAAGAACCAGCGGUCGCGGAAGCGGUGGAGCAAUUCAAGCGUGACUUUAUCUUCGACCACAUCAUAAAGCACGAAGAGAGCACCCGCACUUAUGCAAAGUGGUUGCGGACUAUGGAAGUACUCCCAUUUGACUACAGUUCGAAGCCCUAUUUGGAAUGGAAAAAGGAGAAAGAAGCCGAAGCUACUCGUACAGACCGUGCUGGCCGACGUGAAUUGGCAAAGUUAGCGCGCACGGAAGCUGUUGGUCAUGCAGAUGCUAGUUCGGAGGCAGAAUAA